AUGUGGUCGAAUACCAUUAGAAUGGAAAUUAGCGAACAUCACUCAACUGCACAAGAAGCAGCGGAAAGAACCAGCAGAAAACUAUCGUCCCAUUUCUCCCCUUCCUAUUGUCAGCAAAGUCUUGGAACGUUCGUGUAUUCCCAAUUCUACGAACAUGUCUCCUAUCUCAUCACUACACAUCAACACGGUUUUCUACGAAAUCGUUCCUGCGUUACACAAUUGCUCUCCGUGCUUCAUUCCAUAGGACGAAAACUUGAUACGAACGAACAGACUGACAUAGCGUACCUCGACCUCGCGAAAGCCUUUGAUUCCGUAGAUCACUCCAUUCUCCUUCAAAAACUCAAAUGCUACGGUGUAACAGGAAGGCUGUUAAAUUGGUUUGCUGAUUACCUCAACAAUCGUCGUCAGAGAGUCGUAAUGGACGGUGCUACAUCGCAAUGGACCCCAGUUACAUCCGGAGUGCCGCAAGGUAGUAUCCUGGGUCCAAUGAUGUUCGUUAUUUUCAUCAACGAUGCUCCUGAUGUCAUCAACAACAAAGCAAUUCCAGCACUAUUUGCAGACGACACUAAGCUCUACAAGAACAUAUUAACAUCAGUGAAUGACUGCAACCAGUUGCAAGAAACUAACACACCUUGA